AUACCCUUGGGCAGCUGCUUGCGCGGCGGAGGAACGGAGAAGUCUGGUCGUGCUUCCUUGCGCACGUGCUCAACGCCAUCCACCUCUUCCACAAUAGUCUUGUCGUCCUUUGCCAUUGUCGCUGGAGCCGUCUUCACGUUGUAGGAUGACACGCUCUCGAAGAAAAGAAAGAAAUGCAACAGCGAGAUGGAGGGUUGGAAAGUCAAGUAACUUGUUCGCGCUCAAUUGUAGCUGCCUAUGUGGUAGCACCGACGUCAUUUCGCCCAAGCUCCCCUUUCCUCCGAGGUCGUUGCUGCCACCAGCCACGGCACACGCCACGGCAUGCGCCACAGACGCCACACCCUGCCAAGCAGUCAACCCUUGAGGUCCGUUCCACGCUCCGCCAUCCACACGUUCACGACCUCCAUCCAUUGCGCCCUCAUCACCCUUCGCCUAACCCCGAACUGUAUACCCCCACCGCCAAAAUGGUUGCUAUGUACACUAUCGCCGGCCGCCAGGUCGGAUCGCACGUCGUACGUUGACCCCCGAGCACCUCCGCGAAAAGUUCGAUGCAACUCCGCAG